AUGCCCCCGGCCGCACCUGACGAUUUGAUCCGCCAGCAUAGUCGGUCGCUAGAAGACGAUCCAACUUUGUUCCCUGAUAACAACCGCAUCGUGUCGGAGAAUGAACCAACCGGGAAGAGUAAGAAGAAGAAGAACAAAAAGGCCAAAGGGGGCAAGGCCGCGACAGAAAGUCCUCCUGAUGAGGUGACCCAACAGCAGUUGCCUACAUCUGUAGAGCCCUCCUCGUGUCCAGAUCCACCCUUAGAUCAUCAUGUUCCCCCCACCGUGGCAUCCCCCGUCCUCGACGUGCUCGGAUCCAUUCACGAUAACACGGAAGAACACGAUCUCACCAGCCGCACUGGAACCUGGGCUCAAUCAGUGCCUUAUGGAAAGAGCCCUCCAACAGACUUGAUGGAUGGAGAACUGCCUCAGGAAUCACCUAUCAACUUCCCCACCAUUCAGGCACGAGGCGGCUUUAGUCAACCUUCUUCCGCAUCCCCUCCGACCCAGAUUCGCCCCUUCAGCUACAACAGUGGCUAUCGAAGCAAUAUGAACUCGAGACAGCAAUCCGCGGAUCGACAUAAAAGCCACUCAUAUGGAAGUCCCAUGAGUAAUCUGGCACCACCCCCACACCUCCCGCAGGCUCACUUUUAUGGCGCCCCGGAUAUCGACAUUCCAAAUCAGCCUCGCUCCGCUGCAGACGGCGCGUAUUCUUUCUGUGCAUUCGACACUCUUCCGAAUAUGUCCAAAGCAUCACGGAAUGCUUUGAAUGUUCUGGUGAUAGGAACGGACAAUAGAGUGGAAGUCCAGGCGAUAGAGGACCACAGGGCUCGUUUAGUUGGUCAAAUCACCGGCCUAAAUGGGCGUGUCCUUGAGGCCAGAAUCUUACCUGGUCACGUUGCCACGGAGUCAGCUGGACCCCCUCAGCCCCAUGUGGCUGUUAUUGUACAUGGCCCGUUGGCACCGACUGAAGAGGAAGUUCCCGUUUCUUCCGCGAAUUCUGAGAUCUAUGAGGGUGCACCAUCGAUGACUCGUGGUCAUUCAAUUGAUCGACGACCCCCGAAAGAUGACAUUAAAUUUUAUCAAACUCGAGUGGAAGUAUAUUCUCUUCGAUCGGGAGCACAUGUUGCAACUCUAUUUGCAAGUAAGCCCGUUCCAUCGUUGGAGAAUAUUCCUGGUCUUCCAUCACUGGCACCGCCACCUGUGGGUAGCUUGAAGCUUCUCGUCGGCGGAAAUCAUGUCGUCGUGGCCUCUGGCGUUAGUGGGGAAGUUUAUGUUUACCAGCAAACUUCUUCGGGUACAUAUCUAUGUCUAGGGAAGGUCUGGACGAAUGUGCAGACCGGAGAAGCACGACGGUACUCCACUUCCUCCAGUUCAACUGACCCAGACGGUUCUCAUAAUGAUCAACCCCGCAAAUUAUUAUCCGAACGUCCAAUCUUGGCUUUGCAAGGAAGGUGGCUUGCCGUUGUUCCUCCGUCUGCUUCAAACCGGGCAUCCAUUCAGGGAAUUGUACCAGUUGGUCUAGCACACGGUCGCGCUCAGGGACUUGAGAGUCGUAGUCCGCCGACGAUCCCGUCAAUCAAUUGUGCGACUGACGUGGGUGAGGGAGAGAGCUUUCUUGACAAAGUCGCCAGAGGUGUUACGCAAGAGCUCGUGAAGAGUGCUCGCUGGAUGGGAGACCAGGGAAUACAAGCGUGGAAUUCCUACUGGAAUAAUCAACAACCUGGUGCAACCCCUCCACAGCGUCAAACUCGGGGGGCAGAGUCGCCGAUUUCGGGCUAUGGGCUCUUCCCACCGACGCACGCUCAAGAUGCGAAGACCCCCCCUUCACCUGGACCCGACGCCGUGUCCAUCAUCGACCUUAAACGGUUUGAUGACGGCGUGGAGACGAAGAUGGCACCUCUCCACCCCAUGGCAACAUUUCAAGUCCCUAAUGGCUGCAGUUACCUCUCACUUUCCCCUAACGGACUGAUGUUACUCACUGCUAGUAAAAAUGGUGACGUACAAUAUGUUUGGGAUCUCAUGCAGUUGAAGAACUGCCGAGCGAUGGCUUUCAUGGCCGAUGAUGUCGCCGAUCAAAGCCCCAACGUUCGACAGAUUGCCAGAUAUCCACGAUUGACUACAUCUAGUAUUGUCGACGUAGUCUGGACUGCACCGGUGGGCGACCGACUAGCUAUCAUUACCCGAAAGGGAACCAUUCACGUCUUCGAUUUGCCACGAAGUGCUUUCCAAUGGCCUCCUUUCCGCCGUGGUCGCCCCGCUGCACAAAAGUCCCCAAUUAUUGAUCCAACAGGCGACGACGUUUCCAGUCCAAGUGGCGGUGGAAACCCACUAUCAGCAGCCAUGAAACUGGUUGGGGGUAAAACACAGCCUUUCUUCUCUGCGGUACGGGGCCGUGUUCCAUCGACCAGUGGCGCACCAUUCCCCAAUAUCAGUGGCUUUGCUCUACCAACAGCAGCUACGAUCAAGGGUGGAAAGGUGGUGGCAGCAGGCCUGAGCAAGUCCAUGGGCGCUGCGGCAACAGGCACCGUCCACACACUUCGACACGUGGGAGAAAACCGGCUUCAUUUAACUGGCCUUGCGAGAGACCCAUCGCCUAGCCGGGUCAUUUGGAUCUCCAACAAGGGUCUCUUUUAUCUUGGAGUGGUUGACAAUGGGGAUUUCAAAUUGUACGGUCUUAAGCGUGGUGCAACCAGCCAUAAGAAUCGACAGUUUCACACUGUUAUUGGUGGCAAGGAGAAACAGUACAAGCUACCUGCCAGCCUGCACAAUCCUUGCGGACCAGCGCCUUUAAUGCCAUAUGAUUCAGAGCUCACAGUCCAGGCAACUUUACUGUUGCCAUCUGCUAGCGCGCAUUCAUCUACCACGGCACGGCCUUUCUGCCAGCCGCUCUCCCAGGCAGAGAUCGAGACCAAUACGCCAUACCAGCCUUUCCAUACCGAUCAGAGAGUCGGCCUCCACAUCUUUUCCUCUCCAGGUGGUCAGCGAAAUAUGUCCUUAGCAGCCCCGGGUGGUCAGUGGGUCUUUGGGGGUGAUAUUCCGACUACCAAAGUACACGUGAGGUCCUAUAGCAAUAGCAGUGAUGAACUUGCAGAUGAUGAGCAGGACGAUGAGGCCAUCCACGGUCAUUCAUUAGGUGCUGGUGGCGAUAUGGAGAACCUUAUCAGCCUAGCCAACAGCACCGGUCACAUCGAGGAGGUGAUUAUUACCACUCGACGAAAGAAGAAGGCAUCAGCUCCAUUGAAAGCUGAUGAUGGCUUCUUUGAGGAUGAUUGUGAGGUCCUCGAUUUUGCUCGCGAUCGAGUCUGA